GAGCGGGAUGUGAGCGGGGAUGGAGCGGGAUAUGAGUGGGGAUGGAGCGGGAUUUGAGCGGGAUGUGAGCGGGGAUGCAGUGGGGAUGAAGCGGGGAUGUGCGCUGGAUGCAGGCAGGGGAUGCGCACGGGAGGCGCGGGGAUGCGGCGGGGAUGUCAGCGGGGAUGUGAGUGGGGAUGGAGCAGAGAUGCGGGCAGGAUGCAGUGCAGAUGGGCGUAGAGAUGCAGCGGAGAUGUGCGCAGGAUGCAGCGGGGAUGUGUGCGGGGAUGCAGCGGGGAUGUGCGCAGGGAUGCAGUGCAGAUAUGCGCAGGGGUGCAGUGGGGAUGUGCGCAGGUAUGCUGCAGGGAUGUGCGCAGGAUGCAGCGGGGAUGUGCGCAGGGGUGCAGUGGGAAUGCAGCGGAAUGAGCGCGGGGAUGCAACGCGAUGUGAGCGGGGAUGUGCGCGGGGAUGUGAGCGGGGAUCAAGCGGGAUGUGAGCGGGGAUGCGGCGGGGAUACAGCAGGAUGUGAGCGGGGAUGCGGCGGGGAUACAGCGCGUUGUGAGCGGGGAUGCGGCGGGGAUACAGCGCGUGGGACGAGCGCGGAGAUCCAGCGCGAGGUGCGCGGGAUGUGCGCGGGGAUGCAGCGCGACGUGCGCGGGAUGUGCGCGGGGAUGCAGCGCGAGGUGCGCGGGAUGAGCCCGGAGAUCCAGCGCGACGUGCGCGCCAUGUGCGCGGGGAUCGAGCGCGACGUGCGCGGGAUGUGCGCGGGCUGCGCUCGGGCUGUGCCCGGCCCCGCUCCCCCCGCUCCCCGCUCCCGGUACUCGCCUGGUGCAGCAUUCCCGGCCCGGCCCCGCUCCCGGGAGCCCGCAGCGAGCUGGGGCGGAGCGGGGGAGGCCGAACCCCCUUGGACCUCCGGGAUCCCUCGCAGAGGCGGCGGCCGCGGGGCCAAGGUCACCCCGCAGCGACUACAAUUCCCAGGAGGCAGCGAGAUGACGAGAAAAGGCUCGGGGGGAGCGGAGGAGGAGUGAGGGGUCCGCUCCAGACCCCUCCGAGCUGCCUUCCCCCAGCGCUCUCCUCUUCUUGCCCAUCGGAGCCGGGAUGUCCCAUCCCAGGGGAUGGCAGCGCAGCCUUUGGGAAUCCGGCACCAACAGACGCGGAUCUAUUUCGGGAUUUUCCUCGGCUAUAAAAACAGAAAAAAAAAGCAGCAUGAGGAGAAAUAAAUGUCUGGCGGUCGGGUUUGAA